CUGCGGGGAGCGUCAGCAGCCUGCGACUGGGCUGGGAGGAGGCGCUGGGCGGGCACCGCGUGUGAGGAGAGCCGGGCCGGGCCGGGCCGGGCGUGCUGGCGGGGCUCAGCCCCGGGAGGUAACGGUGACAGCCGCCAGCCCACUACAAGACUGUCACAAUGAGUUUUAUUGAAUAUGGAGAUACGAUAAAGGAUGGUGACACAGCUAUUGUGUUCUUGGGCCACGAAUCCAUGUUCCCUGUGAAAGUCCAACAUGGGACCGUAACUCAGACUAAGUAUGGGGUCAUCCGGCAUUCCAUGGAUCUCAUAGGCAAGAAGUAUGGCUCCAAAGUGACCUGCAGUAAAGGAGGAUGGGUUUUUAUUCUUCAUCCAACUCCAGAACUGUGGACCAUGAAUCUUCCGCACAGGACACAGAUUCUGUAUUCCACUGACAUUUCUAUAAUCACCAUGAUGUUAGAACUGAAGCCGGGCUCCGUAGUCUGUGAAUCAGGUACAGGCAGCGGAUCCCUCUCCCACGCUCUCAUCAGGACAGUGGCUCCCACAGGGCACCUGUACACGGUGGAGUUCCACCAACAGAGGGCUGAGAAGGCCAGGGAGGAGUUUCGGGAGCACGGGGUGGAGCAUCUGGUGACUGUGACCAACCAGGAUGUCUGCAAGAAUGGGUUUGGUGUCUCAAACAUUGCAGAUGCUGUGUUCCUAGAUAUUCCAUCUCCAUGGGAAGCCAUAGGACAUGCAAAGGCAGCGUUAAAAGCUGAAGGUGGCCGCAUCUGCUCAUUCUCCCCCUGCAUUGAACAAGUCCAAAGAACCUGCCUAGCAAUGGAGGAAUAUGGUUUUACAGAGAUUAACACCUUGGAAAUUCUGCUCCGAGUGUACAAUGUAAGGACAAUUAGCUUGCAAAUCCCUGACCUUGGAAAAGCAGCUGAGGAUAAUUCUAGCGCUGGCUUUGACAGCAGCAACCCAUCAAACCAAGGUAGCCCGUGCACUAAUCUGCAGCAAGGAACUGCGCAGUUCAAAAGCGGUGUGCCACAGAGGGAAAUGGUCGGUCACACUGGGUACCUGACCUUUGCCACCAAGAGCUUCUUUUAGUCCAUGUUGAGUUUGUGCAGUUUGGAGUGCUUUGUGUGUUUGUGUGUGUUUGCUGUUUUCAUGGUUCCUUUUUGUAGGGCAUCCAAAUUUUAACUUGUCAGGGAAUUCCAUAUAUAGUCAGAUUUGGUUGGAAUAUGCUUUGUUUAAAUAGCACACAAGCAUUAAGCAGAGCAGCAUUAAGGGAAUGUUGGAACUCUGGAACAGUGCUCCACUUGCCAUCAGAAAGAACAUAAAUUAAUAGGGAAGGGCCAUUCACUGGAAUCUGCAGAAUAAAGAUCCCUCCUGAUAAGAAAGUAAAACAAAAGCAUGCUAAUAACAAAUAAGUUGGCAUUUUUUUUCCUCCUCUUUAUUGAGUUACUUUCCUGGUUUUAUAUUUUAUUUAUUCUGAGCACCACUAGAUACCUUGUUUUUUUAAAAAAACCCUUCUCUUUAACACACUUUCACUAUCUAGUGUGUGCGUUUUUCUUAGGAAUGUGAAAGUGCCUACUUGCUUCGUUUUAGAUAUGAAAGUUGCAAGGUCACGCGUGUGCCAACAUGGUUGAUCACAGAAUCAGUGUUUCCUUGGAACAGAGUUCAGCUGCACAGAGGGUUAUUGGCAGCAGUCGGGAGCACUGCAGCUUACUCCAUUCUGGCAUCUGCAGAUCAUUUCGGUUACACAGAGGUCAAAUAAGCGUGCUAAUUGUUGGAUUUGGAUUAAAAUAGUAGAUUGUGAUCAAUUUGUAGUAGAAAUUUGGACCUGGAUUUGUACUGUAAUCUUCUAAUAGAUCAUCAGCUGCCAUUGUUGAUGAGUCCACUGUGACAAUUCACUGAAUGGCUGGUUAGUAUUACCUGAACACCUCUUUGUAAGCAGUGUGGCUGAGGUUCAGUUUGCUUGGUGUUUUAUGUGCAUUAUGGUGUGUUAUAUUCCUGCAGCUGAAUGACAAAAGUGUUGCUUUCGAUGGGAUUUCUGUCUCCAAACUGCAACAAUAAUGCAAACUUAGUAAAAUCAUCAACCAGCUUUAUUAAGUAAGGUUUUAGACUUUUACUCUUCCAUUUACUCUUCAGUCUUCCGUAUAAAGCUGGUGGGUGUGAUGAACUUUUUGAAUGCUGGAUUACAUUUUAUAUUCACAGAGUAAAAUAAUUAUGCAAAUAUA